UUUUAACUUUAAAAAAACGAAUUCUAACUUUUGGAAAGGGGGAGUAAUUAAAUUCACUAGUUCACUCCAUCUAUGAGGGGGGAAAUAAGAAAGAAAGUUGGUUCUGGUCUCUUCAAAUCAAUCAUGUCUAUUAAAGCUUCAGAAUCAGUGUAAAAGUAGAAACACAAUCAUUGUAGCACUGCAAGAAAUUUCCAUCUACUUCCCUGGCUGGUGGUUUUUGCCUUUAUGUAUAGAUAUUGGUUCGUGACUCGGUAUAUACAUAAUGCAUAUAUAGAGAUGGAAGUGCUCCACUAAGGUAGUGCAACUGGUUUUUCGACAUGAAAGUAAUGUUAAAAAGGUUGUACGAAAGUGGAGUGGUACAGCCAUUUUUUCAGGGAAGAAAAAGGAAUUUUUUGGGGCAGGUUAGGUAUUCCUCCAUUUCAGGGCUGUUAUUAAGUUAAGAGCCUUUUGACUUUCUUCAGCAUCUUAAGCUUAAACAAAUCGUUCAUGGCAUCAGAAAAGUAUCUGAAGCUUUGAUGUAUAAAUACAGAAGAAUAUGAUGUGAUCACAACUUCAUAGAAGCAGAGGGAAAAAAAUAUCUUCAAAGAAUGCAAAUUGAUAAUGGCAAGGGUCGCGGGCCGAAUAUUGGUGUUCUUUUCGAUUUUAAUCAUUGCUUUGUCUUCCUCCCUUGAGUCUUGGAAAGCUCAUGGUCAUCCAACAUCAGGGAGAAAACCUUCUUUGUUGUAUGCAAGUAGUGAACUUGAAGCAGGAGAUGAUUUCAGCCAGAGUAAAGAUGAUGCAAAUGAAGAGAUGAAGUUCAUAAGUCGUAGGAUUGGGUUCCAAUACAACGACUACCCUGGAACUGGAGCAAAUAAUCAUCAUAUGCCAAAACAACCACCCGGGGGAGAUUACUGAUAAAUAAGCAUCAUGUUUUUUUUAGCUUUCAUCCUUAAUGUUUUGGUUUCAAACCCCUGUAGGAAAGUGAUGAAUUUGUAACAUCUAGUUUAAGGAUUCAAACAUGGUUGUAUACUAUACAAUUUGACCAUCGUGUUCAUUCUGGCAAAGCCAAAGUUUCCAAACAAGUGCAGAAGAAGAUUGAGUCAAUCAAUUACAUGUUCAAACGCACGACGCGCUUUAAAAAUAUGUUAUUUUUAGUACAACAGACAUGAUUGAUAGACGGG